CUUUCUCUCCCUCUUCUCUUCGUCUCUCCCUCACUUGCCCAGUUGCCCAGGUAUGUUUUUUUUUCUUUUUCUCUUCCUUCCCCAAUCCGAUCUACCUUCCCACAUCUCUUUCUCUCUUUUUUCUCUUUUUUUCUCUUUCUCUCUUUUUCUCUUCUUUCCCCGAGCCAACUCUUCCUCUCUUUUUCUCUUCCUUCCCUGAUCUAAUCGUGGAUCUAAUUUUGCUGCCCAACUUCAAUGGUCAGAUUUGUUUUCUGGUCAGAUUUGUGAUAAUCGGUCAGAUCUAAUCGCUGGUGCUACCGCCGACUCACUCAAUCGCUGCUGACUCACUCAAUCGUCUCUGGCGGCAUGGAUUCCCGGUAUUUUUGGGUCGUCAUCUUCUACUUCGUCAAUCUACGAUCUCUUCAACAACUGGUACCUGCAACACGGCGGUAAAACAUAUUCCUCCGAUCAAGAGAGGCGGCGCCGGCUGAAGGUGUUCAAGGAUAAGGACAACUACGCGUACGUCUCCCUCAAUGCCUUCGCAGAUCUCACUCACGAAGAGUUAGAGCCGGUAGAUCUAAGGAGGUGUAUUUUUGGAAGUCAAAGCCAAUAAGGAAAAUGCUUGGUUUACAAAUAUAAUCGUCACAAACUUCACAAACUUAUGCGUGAAUUUUAAUAAAAAAAUUAAAUAUUCUGCAAUAAUUUUAAAAUGAAAAUUUAAACAAUAAAUAUUAAGUUUGUAAAGUUUGUGAACGUUGCUCUUCCAAUAAUUCCAUGUGGAGGCACUCACUGUCUGAAGUCUUAACUCUUAAUACGUCUUCGCAGUCCGCCAACCUCAUAAGUCAUAUCCAUCCAAACACUACGGCGGCCGAGCACAGCGUGGCCGACAAUAAUGGAUGCUCUUUCUUUAUGCUUCUCUAUUCCCCCGCCUUCCCCACACCACUGCAAAACCCUAAUCUCCAAGCCCUACUUCACCCCGCUUCGAUCAUCUCACCCGACCCGGAAUCUCACUUCUCAUUGCUCCAAUUCGUCCCAAACCCACGACUGCAAAAACCCUCACCUGCCCCCUCUCGCCGGCGCUAAUCUCUCAUCCUUCAAUCUCUUAGAUAUCCAUCCGAACCCCCAUUUCUUCUCUCUUUUGAUGGGGUUAUCUUUCCCCCUUUCGUGUCUUGCUUCUGAAUCCGAUGUGCCCACUGAAGGGAUUUCCAGUAAGAUCGACUUGGAGGCAAUUUUGGUCUCCAUUGAUAAUUUCUUGACUAGAUACCCCUUUUUCCUUUUCGGGGUUGGGUUCAUUUGGCUUGUGGUGAUCCCGCUCACUGAGGAGUACUUGCAGAAGUACAAGUUCAUAUCUGCCAUUAACGCAUUCAAGAACCUCCGGAAUGACCCGAAUUGUCAGAUGUUGGAUAUUAGGGACAAGAGAGCUUUGGCAUAUUUGGAUUCGCCCAAUUUGAAAAUCUUGAAUAAGAAGGUGUUGCAGGCUCAUUUCGUCGAAGGAAAGGAAGAUAUUUUUGUCAAGGAAGUUUUGGAGAACUUUCGGGAGCCAGAAAGCACCACAGUUUGCAUUAUAGAUCAUUUCGAUGGUAACUCACUCAAAGUGGCUGAAAUGUUGGUGAAAAAUGGUUUCAAAGAAGCCUAUGCAAUCCGUGGUGGGCUGAGAGGCAACAAAGGAUGGCAGGAGAUACAAGAAUCACUUCUCCCUUUAUCUGUUCGUGUCUAUCCCAAAAAGAAAAACAAAGAACAGAAUGAGAGUGGUAUAUAUGCAAACCAGCCAGAGGAAGAAGGCACGGAUUCUGGCAUAAAAAGAAGUGAACAGAUUAGCAAUGGAUCUGCUACGAAACCCAGCGAACUCAUCCCACAAACACCAAGUGGCGUGUCUCCAUAUUCAAAUGAUCCAGCUUUGAAGCCACCAUCCCUUUGACUCCAUCAAAGUGUUCAAGUCGAUGAAAUGGGCUAUGGCCAAAAGUGUUGAUUUUUUCCUAUCAUGGUGGGAAUUCAGAGAUAGAAAGCUGGUGGGUCUGUUCUUGUGAAUGUUGCAGACUAAAAUUUUUACUCUGUUUUUGGUACAUUGUAAAUUCUAGUGGAGCAUAUGACAAGUGAAUUUGUAUUUGUAAUGAUUAUGAAGAAAAAAAUCUCUUGAGCAAUGGCAGCAAGCAAAUUUCUGUCUUUUACAAUGCUGCAAUUCAUUUAGUUUGCAGCUGAAACAACUUACAGAGCAUCUCUGUUUUAAAUAUGUAUACAUUUUGCCCUCCUAAACAUGCAUACACCAAAAUUAGCUGAUGGAUUAGCUGUUUUAUU